CAGUUGUUGUUUACGUUCCAUUGUUUUCGAUUUUUAGUGCCUCAUUAUCUCUUAUCACUUUUAUCACGCAUUACUGAACUUCGGGUGUUUCAUCACAUCUGUGCAUGAGUCAUCAAGGAGUAAAUUCUUUUCAAACUCCCUGACUUAGACGUUCAUCAACUGUUGAUCCGGUGAAAUUUCCAUCGCCGACUCUUUUCUCCAGCUCACUGGUUCCACAAAAUCAGAUAUCAGUUAGAAUAUGGGAGAAACUAGCAACCAACCUGGACCGUCUGGACCUCCUCCCGCUGCUCCUCCUAGUUAUUGGCAAGCUGUGGGUGGAGUUCCUCCUCCAGGACUCUACAAUGACCCAUCUAAAAUGUCAUCAACGAUUGUCACAACUGUGGUUCCUCUUGGGACCAGCUCAACGCACAUGAUUUGCCCCAACUGUCGAAUAGAAAUCGAUACUGUUACCAGAACGCAACCUGGAAUGAUUGCAUACAUCUCCAGUGCCAUCAUCUCAUUAUUCGGGUGUGUGUGGGGCUGCUGCCUUAUACCGUGUUGUAUUGAUGAAUGUAUGGAUGUUCAUCACUCCUGUCCAAAUUGCCAAACUUAUCUUGGUCGAUUCAGACGUUAAGGUGAAAUCAACCGUACACUCUAAUGUACAGAUACUUUUGUCUGCAAGAAACUCUCAAUUGCUCCUCCGUCAUCGGGAAUGGUUCAUCCUUGCGGCCUAAUGUGUUUGUGUGCAACUCUGCCCUUCUCUCAUGAAACCAGGAAUUUUGGCAGUUUGCAACCCUAGGUUUCACUUCGUGUCCUCUCCUCCUCCUCCUCUCCCAUCGAGUGAAUAGACUUAUGUUUACUAGGUUUAACUGCUCUUUUUUUCCAAAGGCAUGACCUACCCUCUUAGUUUAAGAAUUUAGAUUUUCUAUAAAGCUGGUUUUGCCAAUCCAUUUUUAGGUUGUAAAUUAGAUGUUUUUACUAUGAUUACAGUAGUAGUAAUGUUUUUUCUAAUUGCAUUAGUCGUCUUAAAAAUUUGAAGAUCAUUUACUUUCAUAAAUGGUUACGAUUUUCUCUAGGGUUUUUAUUUUGGCCUUUCAGUGCCAUAGGGAUGACUCAGUGCUUCAUGCGACAUAUUUCCUCAAAUAUUUGCCUGCGCACAAAUCUCCAGGUACAAGAUUCCAAAGCACACAGCAAUUUUAGAGUACAUUAGUACAUAGGAUAUUUGACUAUUCGUGCAUUCAGAAUUCAUAAUAAUCCUUCUCUAGGAACAACAGAGCACUUGAUGUUAAAUGGAUCGUUUGGAAAGACAUCACACAAUUAUUAUGAGACAUUAUAAUAAUACGAGGCACCAUAAAAUAAUACACAUCACUUAAUUAUGGAGGCAAUCAUGAUUUUCCUUCAAAGAGAAUAAAAAUUUGCCUACUCAGAGAGAGGGAAAAAGCAGUGCAUUUAGAUGAAAAUUACGAGGAAGAAUUUAAAAAUUCUCCAGAAAUGAACGGAAAAAGCUCCAUUUAUUUAUCUUAUAGCUGCUUGAGCCAUGUUGAAAGUGCAAAAGGGCAGUUUAGAGCCUUGCUACAGGAGCACAAAUAUCUUCAUUAAAGGUAUCAUAAAAAAAUAAAAUUUCCCUGUCGCUUCUUUAAUUCAGUACUCACCUUAUGAUAGAAGCUCAUCUUAGGCACUUGAUUUUAACAUCUAUUCUGGAUCAUUCUGUACCAAAUGUUGUUGUUGAUGCAGCCAAGAAUAACACUAGCCAUAAUAUCCAUUAUAACCAAGUUUUUUUAUGAAUGCAUGUUGGUAUUCCGGCAACUAACAAUAAGGAUUCUUUCCCUCACAACCUCUUCAGCACUGCCAGCAGUAAGUGGCGCAGCAAUACUUAUUCAUGGCUGUGCGCUAUGUCAUUCCAUUCACCUUCACAUAAAUUGUGACCAAGCUUCUCAAACGCAUACCCUCACCGAUUUUCCGUUUUCAAGUAUCCGCUGGCAUCGAGAUCCCUUUUCUAUGGAUCCUAAAAGCUCCUGCAACAGUAUUUUUUCUCUUUUGGGGUUUCCAGUUUUGGAAAUCAACCAUCUCUUGUCACAAGGGUGCAGUUUUUGCUUGAAUUAAAGGCCGCAAACAAAAAAUAUAGUAAAAUAUCAAGAGUGAGGGUUUCGAAUUUUAUUUCUUGCAUAUUUGUUUAAUUCCUUCGAUAUGUGUAUCUCUUUGUUCUCCGUAUUCAUUAUUUACUUAGAGUUAAUAGCAUUUUCUACAUUUUUCCACCUGUUGAUGUAUUUCAAUGAUUUAUAGCACUAUUAGUUAUUGUUAUUAUAAUUAUCAAAUUUUUUUAAGAAAAGAUCCCGCAAGGGAUACCAAGGAAUUAUUAUGGGCUAAAUUUUGUUAUUAAUCGAUAUGGUGUUCUUAAUGACCAUCUUGGCACGAUGAACUUUACAAAUUGAAUUUUCUACCUGCCAAUUUCAAGAAAAGCGAUGCAGGAAGGUGCAGUAUUAGUCUCUUUCAACAAAAGUCCUAAUUUUUUCCUGCGAAAUUAUACUCCCAUAACUCCGCUUUUGAGCACAUAGGUGCUGCCACCAGCAAUUAUACAAUUUUUUCCUGCAUAAAUAAUUUCUCUCAUAAGUGAUUUUAUUUCAGAGGAUCUAAUCUCGAAGAUUGGUUUCAAAGUCUUAAAAAUUGUUUUGAAUGCAAUUGUGCAAAUGAUCUGCAGGAUUGAAAGUUUGAUGCACACAAUUUUUUUUUGAUGAAGUGAAUGUUUGGAUUUAUCAUCUUAUCCUGAGGCAUGAGAUAUAACUAUAAUGCGAUACUUCAAGUGUCACUGUUUGUGAGACAACAUUUAAAGGCAUUUCCUGCAUCAGGCGUGGUUCUUGUUUAAUUGAAAUCUACUUACGGUUUCUUCAAUCUCGAUUGAAUUUCAGAUUUUUUCAUCUCAAACUUUGUACCAUCAUUUUCAUUAAAGAUUCUCUAUGAAAAAAA